AUGGUUCCAAUGAAGAUAGCAGUCCUGUAUGGUUCUGAGACAGGUAAUGCGUAUAAUUUUGCGGCGAUUCUUUCCAACAGAUUACAUCGGUUUCAUUUCCCCCAUGUUCUUACGUCAUUGGGCGACUAUAAUGCCAGAGAUAUACUAAAUUGUCGAUACCUGAUCAUUAUUUGUUCUACGACUGGACAAGGAGCGUUGCCUAGGAAUGCGCGAGAGUCAUCUCAAGGAGAUAUCUCUGGUACAUUAUGGACACAUUUAAAAAAGAAGAACCUGCCUAGUGAUUUCUUAAGCCACCUAAAUGUUGCCUUCUUGGGGCUUGGUGAUACCUCUUAUACAAGAUUUAAUUUUGCCAUACGUAAGUUACAUACAAGGAUUGUCAGCCAACUUGGUGGGGUUGAAAUUUUCCCUCGUUUAGAAGCUGAUGAAAUGGGCCUGGCAGGCAGUAACUCUGGCACUGGAAAUGGAGUGGAUGAUGUAUAUUUUGAAUUUGAAAGGAGGGUGUUAGGCUUCUUGACUGGAAAGUUUCCAACUAGGAUGGUCAAUGGCAAACAGGUUAAGCGUGAAGCGAUUGCUGAUGAUGUAUAUUUAAAGCCAAAAUAUUGGCUAGAAUUUACGGAGGAUCAAGCAGAUUAUAACGAGGAUAUAACCUUUAUCGAAGAUGAAAAUGUGAAAUAUGGAAGUGUUGUUAUGAAUAAAAUCAUUACUGCAGAGAACCACUUCCAGGACGUCCGUCAGUUUGUUUUUAAGACACAGAGUGGAGAAGAGUACUACCCUGGAGAUACAGCUUCAUUAUAUCCCUUUAACACAGAUGAAAACGUCCAAGCUUUUAUUGAUGCCCAGCCACACUGGAAGGAAAUCUCAGAUAAACCCUUAAAGUUAGUUGGGGAAAUAGAUACAAGGAGAUUUAAAGAUGGUGGGUUAGUAUCACCUAUAACUUUAAGAAACUUGCUGAAGUAUCACUGCGAUAUUAUGAGCAUCCCAAACAAGAGCUUUUUCAUGAAAAUUUGGACCUUUGCUAUAGAUGGUGAAAGGUUAUCCGAUGGUUCUAGCCAACUGUCGCAGCAGCGUGAAAAACUAAUGCAAUUUGGCUUAAGCGAAGAUAUGCAAGAUUUGUAUGAUUAUUGUAAUAGGCCAAGAAGGUCAAUUUUAGAGGUUAUACAAGAUUUUGAAUCUCUGAAACUACCCUGGAAAUUUCUACUUGAUUAUAUACCAGAAAUCAAGCCAAGAUUCUUUUCUAUAUCUGGUAAGCCCUGUGAUAAUAAUUUAGAAUUGACAAUUGCUGUUGUUAAGUAUAAAACAAUUUUGAGAAGGAUUAGAACGGGCUUAUGCACUAAUUAUAUUUCUGGUUUGGAAAAUGGUGAGAUAAUUCGUUAUAAAAUACAGCAUAAUUCGCUGUUUCCGAAGUCUUUGAAUGUGCCAAUCAUUAUGAUAUCACCAGGAGUGGGAUUGGCGCCAAUGAAGUGUCUUAUUCAUUCCAGCUUGUUUCAGGAUAUGCACCUGUUCUUUGGUAAUAGAUAUAAACACAAGGAUUUCCUUUAUGAAGAUCAAUUAAUGAAGUGGCAUCAAACAGGAAGAAUAAAAUUAUUCUGUUGUUUUUCUCGUGACCCUGACAAUUCAAGUGGAUUGAAGUACGUUCAGGAUGUUAUUUGGAAAUAUGGUAAGGAGGUUGCGGAACUCAUUGUUGCCCAAAACGCAAUUGUUUAUAUAUGUGGAUCUUCGGGUAAAAUGCCAGUGCAAGUUAGAUUGACCAUUGUGGAGUUAUUAAAAAAAUGGGGUGGUUUCUCUAAUGAUAAGGAGGCUGAAAUAUAUAUAAAAGACAUGGAAAACAGUGAUAGAUACUUACAGGAAACGUGGUAG